GCUGCACCAAGCAGCUUCGCUUGUUAUUCAAAAAGAAAAUUUUUGGAAUAAGAUCAUCAAGCAGCGAAUAAACUUGACAUUCUCAACUUUUGUUAUCUUAACCUUUCUAUUCACUUAAACAAUGCUCACUCUUUCUUAAGCCAGCUAAAAUCCAGGUACAGUUUGUGCAUAAACAGGGAGAAUCAAAUCAAAUCAGGAUAUUUGAACGUUCUUCAUUCUAUUCUCAUACCCAAAUGCAAUGCUAUACUGAACUGCUGCCCCCUAGUGGGGUUACUCAGUCAUUGGCACUUCCUUUUAUUUCCGAAUCAGCGAACAAUUUGGUGGUUGCUAGAACAUCUCUUCUUCAGAUAUUUUCUCUACUUAAUGUUGUUCCUCGACCUGAAGGGACUGAAGAACAGGGAGCUACCAAAUUGAUCUUGGAGAGGGAAUAUAUCCUUCCAGGGACGGUAACAGAUCUCUGUCGAGUCAAACUCUUAAACACCAAGAGUGGCGGGGAAGCCAUUUUGCUUGCCUUCCGGAAUGCGAAGCUUAGUUUGAUCGAAUGGGACCCGGAGCGUUAUGGCAUCUCUACAGUUUCUAUUCAUUAUUAUGAGCGGGAUGAUUCGACCAGUAGUCCGUGGGUGCCUGAUUUGAGCAGUUGUGGCAGCAUUCUUAGUGUGGACCCCAGCAGUAGAUGUGCGGUUUUCAAUUUCGGGAUCCGAAACCUCGCUAUCCUUCCGUUCCAUCAGCCAGGUGAUGACCUGGUCAUGGAUGAUUAUAGCUCCGAACUGGACGAGGAGAGACUUGCCUGUCAUGGACUGGAAAAUGGUGCCAAUCCCGAUAUGUCCAAAGAAGGCAUAGUUCAUCAAACGCCGUAUGCUUCUUCUUUUGUCCUACCGUUGGCUGCGUUAGAUCCAUCAAUACUGCACCCCAUAAGUCUCGCUUUUCUAUAUGAAUACAGGGAGCCCACAUUUGGUAUCUUGUACUCGCAGGUUGCUACGUCAAAUGCGCUUCUUCAUGAGAGGAAAGAUGUUGUUUUUUAUACUGUUUUCACACUGGAUCUAGAACAACGAGCAUCGACGACUUUGCUUUCGGUGUCUAGACUGCCCAGUGACUUGUUUAAAGUGGUAGCCCUUCCGCCUCCUGUUGGAGGUGCUCUUCUUAUCGGCUCUAAUGAACUUGUUCACGUUGACCAGGCAGGCAAAACCAACGCAGUGGGCGUCAAUGAGUUCUCUAGGCAAGUUUCGUCGUUUUCAAUGACAGACCAAUCGGACCUAGCACUUCGUCUUGAAGGUUGUGUUGUUGAGCGCCUUUCUGAAAGCAAUGGAGACCUACUUUUGGUUACCUCCGCAGGCGACAUGGUCCUUGUGAGAUUUAAGCUAGACGGCAGGUCAGUGUCGGGCAUCUCCAUUCACCCUGUGCCUUCUCAUGCUGGGGGAGACAUCAUGAAAUCUGCUGCGUCGUCGUCGGCUUUCCUUGGUGAUAGGAGAGUCUUUCUGGGGAGUGAGGAUGCCGAUUCAAUACUUUUGGGCUGGUCCAUCCCAUCCUCAGGCAAUAAGAAGCUUCGACCUCAGGCAAGACAUAUUGAGGAAGAUUCUGGAGAAUUUUCGGAUGAAGAACAGAGUGAAGAUGAUGCUUACGAAGAUGACCUUUAUACUACGGCGUCGGACCUUGUUGUAGAUGGCCGCCGCUCAUCCGCAGAGUCAUCUGGCUUCGGUCUGUACAAUUUUCGGAAAGACGAUAGACUUUUGAAUAUCGGACCUCUAAAGGACAUUACUUUCGGCAGGUCUUCUGUAAGCCAUGGGGGGGAGGACCUUACCGGAAAUGGCUCCCCCGAGUUGGAACUGGUAGCUUCACAGGGCUCGGAUGGAAGCGGCGGGCUGGUUGUGAUGAAGCGCGAGCUCGAGCCUCAAGUGCUUGCUUCUAUGAAAAUAGGUUCGGUUCGCUGUGCCUGGACAGCAUCUGUAGCUUAUAGGGGAGAAACCGUACCCAAGACCGCCGCACAAUCGGAAGAGCAAGAAUGCCAUCAUUAUGUUAUCGUGUCAAAAACGAGUGCUGAUAAAGAACAAUCUGAAGUCUUUCGGGUGGAGGGGCAAGAAUUGAGGCGCUUCAAAGCCCCUGAAUUCAAUCCAAACGAAGACUUAACGAUUGAUAUUGGGGUAUUAACAAGCAAAAAUCGAGUGGUCCAGAUUUUGGGAAAUGAAGUCCGAAGCUACGAUGCUGGCCUGGGCUUGUCUCAGAUCUAUCCUGUAUGGGACGAAGAUACUAGCGAUGAACGGAUGGCCGUCACUACUAGUCUUGCGGAUCCUUACCUAGCAAUACUACGAGAUGAUUCAACAUUGCUGCUUCUCCAAGCAGAUGAUAGCGGAGACCUCGAUGAAGUCGAAUUGAAUAAGCAUAUUGCAACAUCCAAUUGGUUAUCGUGCUGCUUGUAUUUCGACAAAACCGGAAUUUUCUCAUCCACCAGUGAAACCUCGGGUGAAGCGACACUAAGAGGCAUGACCCUAUUUCUAAUGAGCCAAGAUUGCCGUUUGUUUAUUUAUCGACUUCCCGACCAGAAACUGUUAACAAUACUUGAAGGUGUCGAUUGUUUGCCGCCCAUUUUAUCGAGCGAGCUUCCGAAGCGGUCAACUGCGCGUGAGACUUUGACAGAAGCUGUUGUUGCUGACCUCGGAGACGCUUGGAGCAGUUCUCCGUAUUUAAUUAUACGGAGCAGGCAUGAUGAUCUUGCGGUAUACAGACCUUUCAUCUCGACUACAAAGUCAGAAAAGGGAUCUCACGCUAGCCUAAACUUUCUUAAAGAAACAAAUUCUGUUCUGCCAAAGAUAAGACCUAGCUCCGACGGCCAGCCGUCAAACGAGGAGUUAGGGAGGACUACGCCGCUACGUAUAAUAUCCAAUGUUUUGGGACUUAGCGCGGUAUUUAUGGCAGGUGCUUCAGCGGGCUACCUAAUCAAAACUUCAACAAGCUCACCACAUUUUGUGCGCCUGAGGGGAGGAUUCACGCAAUAUGUUGGCAACUUGGACACUUUUGAAGGUGGUCAAGGCCUUAUCUUCCUAGAUUCAAAGGAUAUUGUACGUUUGUGUCGAGUGUCUCAUGAUACCCAGUUUCACUAUUCGUGGACAAUACAACAAGUACCUAUUGGAGAGCAAGUCGAUCACCUAGCUUACUCUUCGUCAUCUGGCAUGUACGUCCUGGGAACUAGUCAUAGGACAGAAUUCAAACUACCUGACGAUGAUGAGUUACAUCCUGAAUGGCGUAACGAAAUGACUACCUUCUUCCCCGAAGUUCAGCGAAGCUCUUUAAAAAUCGUGAACCCAAGGACAUGGUCUGUUAUUGAUAGCUAUCUAUUGGGCCCUGCCGAGCAUGUGAUGGCGGUGAAAAACAUGAGUCUUGAGGUCUCUGAGAACACUCAUGAGCGUAAGGAUAUGAUCGUUGUCGGAACAGCAUUUGCAAGGGGUGAAGAUGUUGCUUCACGCGGUUGUGUGUACGUCUUUGAAGUCAUCAAGGUGGUCCCGGAUCCUGAAAAGCCGGAGACAAGCCGUAAAUUGAGACUUGUAGGCAAAGAGCCGGUAAAAGGCGCUGUAACCGCAUUGUCCGAAAUCGGUGGCCAGGGCUUUCUGAUUGUCGCACAGGGACAGAAAUGUAUUGUCAGAGGUCUCAAGGAAGAUGGUAGCCUCCUCCCUGUUGCUUUCAUGGAUGUACAAUGCUAUGUCAGCGUGGUGAAGGAGCUAAAGGGCACUGGAAUGUGCAUCAUCGCCGAUGCUGUGAAAGGACUUUGGUUUGCGGGCUACUCAGUAAGUUUUUGCUCACUUAAUUCGCGAGACAACGUGACCAAGGGGCAAUAUCUAAUAACCUUGCGUCUCCAGGAAGAGCCGUAUAAAAUGAGUCUCUUCGCAAAGGACCUAGAUUACCUUGAAGUCUUGGCGGCAGAUUUCCUUCCCGAUGACAACAAAUUGUUCAUUCUCGCUGCGGACAGUGACUGCAAUCUCCACGUCCUCCAAUAUGACCCUGAAGAUCCGAAAUCAUCCAAUGGUGACAGGCUGCUAAGCCGUAGUAAGUUCCAUACAGGCAAUUUCACCUCGACGUUAACGCUGUUGCCGCGUACUAUGGUCUCUUCCGAGCGAAUUAUCUCUGAUGUUGAUACGAUGGACGUCGGCAUCCAAGUCCCGCGCCACCAGGUUCUCAUCACUUCUCAGAAUGGAUCUGUUGGUCUCGUUACAUGCGUUUCUGAAGAGUCCUACCGUCGACUGUCCGCCUUACAGUCUCAGCUGACAAAUACCAUUGAACACCCCUGUGGUCUCAAUCCUCGAGCUUUCCGGGCAGUCGAAAGCGACGGUACAGCAGGCAGGGGAAUGCUUGACGGAAAGCUUCUCUCCCAAUGGAUGGAUAUGGGCAAGCAACGUAGAAUGGAAAUAGCCGGUCGGGUUGGCGCAAAUGAAUGGGAAAUCAAGGCUGAUCUUGAGGCUGUCAGCGGUGCAGGACUUGGGUACCUGUAAUGGUCAUCAAUCUCGAAUGUGAAGGGCUUCAGACCGUCUGGCAUAGUGCACCAAAGCCAGAAACCUAAUUUCAGGCAAGAACCCUGCACUGGGGUUAUAAUCGUGUUAUGUCUACAUCUUUUUAGCGUGUUCGAGGAUUGCCUUAGCGCGAGACAAGACUCAUCCAGUGGUACUCCGAUGCUCCUCUUUCUUAUUGUAUAUUGUAUUAACCAUUAAUAGGAAAAUGAAAGACUUAAUAAGACGAUGAUGGUUAGAAUCUAUCACAUCGCUUAGCGAUAGCUCGUCACAAUUUCAUUUUUCUCUAUGUAGGAUUAAUAAGUUUAAUUUUGAAGAUAUUUCGCGACCAACAAGUGUGCUUGAUUUGAAAAUAAUAUACUUUGUCAGUCCAAA